AUGAAGCCCGUGCUCACGAGGAAGGGACGCACGAUGCGGCCGGCGGAGGAGGGAGAUGCGGUGAUGGGUACCUACCGCACGGUACUUGGCGAACUCAUGGAUGCGCUACCAGGCAGCAUGGUGGCUGCUAAGAUCAUCGCAUCUGGGGUCGUGGCCCACACCGCGAUGGCGAUUCCGCGCACCAAAGGUGGAGCACUGGUCUCCAAGGGCACGUUCAACAAGGCAAGCCCCAAGGAGAAGCGGUUCACUGACUUUGCAGUGAAGUCAGGAAAGAAGGAGGAGUGGUAUGCGAAGGCGCUGUGUAUUUUCAAGGUGGCGACGGCAGAGGGCGACCGGAAGGGGUUUGUGUACGUGCGGUGGUAUGAGAGGGCAGGCAUCUGCCCCCUGACCACCUGCGUGCAGUUGACACCGUCACGCAAGGACACAAGGCACGCAGUGAUUGAGGUGGAGAGCAUUCUGCGAGUUGCGCACAUUUGCCGCUCUUUCAGCAACCCUGCUGUCGUUGCUGCAUACUUCUUCGACGAAAUGGCGUCCCUAGUAUCCCUCCUUGAGGUGCUGAAGGCACCGCCCGAAAAGGUGUUCACAUUCACGGAGUUUCCGUUAAUCCCCGCACGGGUGCCGUUAGGAACGUCUCUGGACGAGCGUGAGCAGCUGUCGCGGAAAUGGCACUUGCCCGUUUGCUUUUUGUACAACGCGACCGGAUGUGUCCGCAAACCGCCGCUCGUUGUUCUACGACGAGACGACAAGAGGCCAGUACAUGAGGGGCGCAAUAAGAAUCAUGACAUGAAAGUGCGCUACGCCAAGAAUGGGCGGUUUUCUAGCGAGACAUCUGCUGUGUUGUGUGCGCAGUUGUUCACUGAGGUUGUCGACGAGUUCAACGGCGAAUUGCACGCGAAGAGCGAGAAGGCGGUGGUGUUGGUGCACAACCCUGCGCACACCCUCACCGGGUGUGUGAAACGGACCAGCACAGUGGAGGGGUUUGUAGUGGAGGAGUUGACACGGGUGAAGGUUGUGCAGACAUUUGGCGUGAUGCCGGCUGCUGCGUUCUCGGCCAUAAAUGGUGUUGUGGACACAUUGAAGGUAGUUUUCCGGACGUGGUUCGUGCGAUCGGCGGUCACGAGCACGGAGUGGACCCGUGCGGGCGUUUUUCCUCGGCCGCUGCUGCACGAUGUCCUGUACAAGCUGUUCAUGGCGGGCAAGUUGACGAUGCCUGGGACAAUCCAGAGGAGUUGGUGGCGGGCCGGUAGCGUGCCGAAGGGCUGGCUGUCGCGGAUGGACAGCUUGAAAGGGAAAUUUGCGGCUGGGAUGUUUGACAGUCUGGUGCUGCAGUUGACGAGUCUGCAGCUGGUCAUUGAAGAGUUCAAAAGCAAGUGCAGCAGCACGGCGUUUAUGACGGCGUGGGAUUUCGUGGGGUGCGACGAAAACCUCAUUGAGAAGUGGUCGCCAGCGAGGGGCGAGGAGGACGAGUCUGAGGAUGAGAUUCCGGCAUACUUCUGCAUUCCGGAGGGGCCGCUAAUGCGAGACAGCCGUAGCUGUCGCUGCGUGAGCCGCAUGGUCCACGAUGGUUUCGUGAAGCAUGCGGAGGCAUUGGGUAUUCCGCCACGCGACGUGCCAGAGGAGGCCGGAGUGGUGAAUGAGGAGGUGGUGAGCCGCCUUCGACGCACGCCCACUAAGCGCAGCCGGACGGGCUGCUCUAGAGAUGAGGGGAUUACAUCUGACGCCUCGGACGAGGCAGGCCAAGCCCAGAAGGCGGGGGUGCUGUUCCCAGUGGAGGAUGACAAAGAGAGCGUCCUACGCUUGGUCUAG